AGAGCUGAAAACCCCAUAGCCAAAAAGCACCAAUCAUCAAACCCUCAGGUUCGUGCAGUUUCUUCUUCCCUGCAUUCCCUCUUAACAAAUAUUCUAGUAAAAACACACACACACACUGAAACAGCUACUGCGUGCAGAAGUAAAAAAAAAAUAUAUUAAAAAUGGAGGGUUUAGCAGCGAGAAAUUUGGCAGCAAUGGCGGUCUCUGUUUACCCGACGAUGAGUUCUUCGAGGAGCGGGAAAAAACACACACUAAAAUACGCACACAGUUGUUCCACAUCGCCUGCUUUUCCCGUACGGUGCGCGAGUGUUGGGAGCGAGAGCUGUUUGGCUUUGCCGGUGAAGGAAGAUUUCGCCGAUGAGGAGGAUUUCGUGAAGGCCGGUGGCUCCGAGCUUUCGUUUGUUCAAAUGCAGCAGAACAAAGACAUGGACCACCAAUCAAAGCUUUCGGAUAAGUUGCCAAGAAUAGUCGUUGGAGAUAAUGUACUAGAUUUGGUGGUAAUCGGUUGCGGACCUGCUGGGCUAGCGCUCGCUGCUGAGUCAGCUAAGCUAGGUUUGAGUGUUGGACUUAUUGGCCCUGAUCUCCCUUUCACAAAUAACUACGGGGUGUGGGAGGAUGAAUUUAGAGAUCUAGGGCUUGAACGUUGCAUUGAGCAUGUUUGGCGGGAUACCAUUGUAUAUCUAGAUGACAAUGCCCCUAUUUCUGUUGGCCGCGCAUAUGGACGCGUUAGUCGCCAUUUGCUCCACGAAGAGUUACUGAAAAGGUGUGUCGAGUCAGGUGUAUCGUAUCUUAGCACGAAAGUGGAACGGAUAACUGAAGCUUCAAGCGGCCACAGACUUGUCGAAUGUGAAGGCAAUAUCGUGAUUCCCUGCAGGCUUGCCACAGUAGCAUCCGGUGCAGCCUCGGGGAAACUUCUAGAGUAUGAGGUUGGGGGUCCAAGGGUUUCUGUUCAGACAGCCUAUGGUAUUGAGGUUGAGGUGGAAAAUAAUCCGUAUGACCCCAGCCUGAUGGUUUUCAUGGACUACAGAGAUUUCAUGGGAGAUAAAGUUGAAUGUCUAGAAGCGCAGUAUCCGACAUUUCUUUAUGCAAUGCCCAUGUCCCCGACAAAAGUUUUCUUUGAGGAAACGUGUUUAGCAUCGAAAGAUGCCAUGCCUUUUGAACUACUGAAAAAUAAACUCAUGUCAAGACUAGAGACAAUGGGUGUCCGCAUCGUAAGAACCUACGAAGAGGAGUGGUCUUAUAUUCCUGUUGGUGGUUCUUUGCCAAACACUGAGCAGAAGAACCUCGCCUUUGGUGCUGCUGCUAGCAUGGUCCAUCCAGCCACAGGAUACUCGGUUGUUAGAUCACUAUCAGAGGCCCCAAAAUACGCGUCUACUAUUGCUAAUAUUUUGAAACAAGGCCAUGCUAGAAACAUGCUAGCCAGCUCAGGGAUUUCAGAGAAUAUCUCAAUGCAAGCCUGGAAUGCUCUUUGGCCCCUCGAGAGGAAAAGACAACGAGCAUUUUUCCUCUUCGGAUUAGCUCUCAUCGUACAACUGGAUACUGAAGGCAUAAGGACAUUCUUCCACUCGUUCUUCCGUUUGCCAAAAUGGAUGUCUCAAGGGUUCCUCGGCUCGACUCUAUCGUCAGGUGAUCUACUAUUGUUUGCCUUGUAUAUGUUUGUUAUAGCGCCAAAUGACAUGAGAAAGUGCCUCAUCAACCAUCUCAUAUCUGAUCCAACGGGCGCAAUUAUGGUAAAGAGUUAUCUUACGAUAUAGAAAGAGAACAGAAAAUUAAAUAAAUAAAUAAAAGUCGAAAAUUUCCACAUGUCCUUUCAGAUUGCAUUAAUUGUUCAUGUAUGUAAAUAACUUUUGUAUGUACAGAUACUGUGUGAAAUUAAAUCUUCUAUAUAUGUUGCAAAUGGCUGAUUAUUAAGCAACAUUUAAAAAUUAUAUUUUCCACCUGAGGGUAGGUGGUUUCCAUGUUCCCUGGAUUCAUGAAGUUAAAUUUGAUUGAUUAGUGUAA